UCCAAACUGACAGAAUAUCGUGUGUGUGUGUGUGUGUGUGUGUGUGUGUGUGUGUGUGAGAGAGAGAGAGACUGUCACCAAACAGAUCGACUGAGUUUGGUAGCCUUUACUGCACGGACCACACACACACACACACACACUCUCCACAAUGCCGCAUCGGCCCAGCACUUCACCUACAUCGAGCUAACCAAGUGCCGAGAAAAGGUGAGACGGAACCGGAUAUAGACCAGAGGACUUCCAUGGAGACAAACAGCCAUGGAGGGUCUCUACUUUGACGUCAAGCCCCGUGACCAACGCCCCAGCAGCCCUCCUCCCCCCCUCACCCCAAACACCGCCCCUCCCCUCCCUUCUCCUUUAGCCCCCUCCCCCCUUAUUCUCCCCCAUAACAGAACCUCUUUCUCAGCCCUCACCCCCUCGUCCUCGUCACCCACCCCCCUCACCCCCAACAUCAUUCCUCACCCAGCCCUCAGCCCCUCCCCAUCGGCAUCCUCCCCCUCACCCCCAACACCAUUCCUCACCCAGCCCUCUCCCCCUCCCCCUCGGCAUCCACCCCCCUCACCCCCAACACCAUUCCUCAUCCAGCCCUCAGCCCCUCCCCCUCGACAUCCUCCCCUCUCACCCCCAACACCCAUCCUCACCCAUCCCUCAGCCCCUCCCCCUCGGUAUCCUCCCCCCUCACCCCCAACAUCAUUCCUCACCCAGCCCUCAGCCCCUCCCCCUCGGCAUCCUCCCCCCUCACCCCCAACACCCAUCCUCAUCCAGCCCUCACCCCCUCCCGCCUUAACCUCACCCCUAACAGAUCGUCCUACACGACCCUCACCCCUACACCCUCCCCCCUCCACCUCACCCCUCUCGGAAGAAACACAGAGGAAGAGGAGGAAGAGGAGGAAGAGGUUCAAUACAGACUGACUCUGGUUGGCUGCCUCCCGGUCCAUCACCUCACCACCAUGGCCAUGCUGCCCUGGGUCGUGGCUGAGAUCGGGAGGCCUCGGCCUGGGGAGAGAGACAAGCCCGUAGGGGGUCGGCCGCCUGGAAGUCCUGCAAGUAGAGGCACACACCCCGGAAACGGACACACACACCCUGGAAACGGAGAGAGCGUUUCCUCACGACGACACCAGGCGGUGUGUCUGUGUGUGUCCGCCUCGUGGGUGAGGUGUGUGUGGACGGAGGAGGAGGUGGAGAGGGACAGGCGACCGUGGGACCCCCUCACACACACUCACACGGUGUUGUUUGAGUGCCGGCCGCACCGCGUCACCAAGCUACUCCACGACAGCAGGGAGCCGUGUAGCUUUGGUUGUCUGGUUCGAGACACACAUCUCUGUUACUGCUACGUUCUUCCAAUGCCAGGACUG